CGUAAAUCGUUUUGGUGUGCGUGUUUUCCAUUUAAACUAUAUGUUCCUACUGUAAUCUGCACACUCAUUCCUGAACAUAACAUCCAUAUGUCUCUUCGAGCCCUCACAUACUCCUCUAGCGUUCUGUACAAGCCCUUUGCACUGAGGAGCGUAAGAGGUUUGGCCACUAAGGCUGCAGACGUACCGCCUUUACCGCCUUUCAACGACGAGACGGCGCACAAGAAAGUGAAGGCAGCCCAAGACAAAUGGAAUACUAAAAACCCCUCUCUUAUAUCCCCAGCCUACACUCCAACUUCGAUCUGGCGCAACCGAGAUGAAUUCUUUUCGGGCACCGCUGCCAUCGAGGACUUUCUGACAAGGAAGUGGGAAAAAGAGAAGAACUACAGAUUGCGAAAGGAGCUCUUUGCUUUUAAUGGGAAUAAAAUUGCGGUCGAAUUCUGGUACGAGUAUUCAGAGACGGAUGAUCCCUCCAGUCAGUGGUACAGGACUUACGGUCUCGAACAUUGGGUUUUUGCGGAAGAUGGGCGGAUGAAAAGCCGGCAGAUGAGUGGGAACACUGUCAAGAUCGCAAAUGAGGAGAGAUGGUUUAAAGAUGGAGUAGACGUAAACGAAGGACAGAUUCCCCCAGGCCACAUCUCUUCUGAAAAGUGACACGCACACUUCAUGAGAAAUGAACUUACAAAAUUGUUACACAUGAUCGUUGACGAAAUCGAUAGGCGCUGAAGCCGGAUGUAUAUGCAUAAUCUACGAGACCG